AUGAUCCUCCUCUUCCCGUGGGCCGUGCAAUACGCCGACGGACUGCUCGUGCACGCCGCGGCGGAGGCCGCGCGCAACGCCUCGGUGCCGGUGACCGUGCACAUGGACCACGCGCAGACGCCGGAGAUGAUCCGGCGGGCGGCCGACCUGGGCGGCUUCGACAGCAUCAUGGUGGACAUGUCGCACUACGAGAAGGCGGAGAACCUGGCGCUGACGCGCGAGCUGGUGGGCUACUGCCACGCGCGGGGCAUCGCGACCGAGGCGGAGCCGGGGCGCAUCGAGGGCGGCGAGGACGGGGUCGCGGACACGGCGGACCUGGAGGGCCUGCUGACGACGCCCGAGGAGAGCGAGGAGUUUGUCGCGACGGGGAUCGACUGGCUGGCGCCGGCGUUCGGGAACGUGCAUGGCGAGUAUGGGCCGCGGGGGAUCCAGCUCGAGUAUGAGCGGCUGCAGCGGAUCCAUGCGCAGGUCGGGGACCGCGUGCGUCUGGUGCUGCAUGGGGCGGAUCCGUUUACGCCCGAGAUCUUUGCCAAGUGCAUCGAGUGCGGGGUGUCAAAGAUUAAUCUCAACAAGGUGCUGAACAAUGAGUAUGUCCGGGUGCAGCGUGAGAAGGCGGGCAAGGUGCCCUUGACGGCGCUGCUGGAGGAGGCGACGAACGAGAUGCAGAAGGCUGUGGAGAGGUGUAUGGACAUGUUGAAGUCGACGGGGAGAUAUCCUAGCGCUUGA